GGGCGCUGCGCGGCAACAAGACUCAUCACGUGAGCCCUUCAACACCAACCACUCAAUACCAGGGACCAGACCCACGUGCAUUCGUGUUUCGGCUGCAAGCGUUGCGGGAUCCUCUGACGUUGUGUCUCAUUGAUCAAUAUUGAAGCUUCAACCUCUGCGCCCCCAACUGGCACCAUCUGGAGCACUUGCACUGCGGCGCAACAGCUUUUUCCAGUCAAAACAGCACCACCAUACCAACCGGCUUAAUCUCAACGGUAUCGCCAAAACAUCUCUUUAGAUAAUCGAGUUCAUAUCUAUAUACCACCACCGUCCGAACGGAUAAUUAUACACACAACCACCGUCGCCAUGUCCAGCCAACCACUCCUCCAAACCGCCCCAGGCAAGCGCAUCGCCCUCCCCACCCGCGUCGAGCCAAAAGUCUUCUUCGCCAACGAGCGCACCUUCCUCUCAUGGCUCAACUUCACCGUCAUCCUCGGUGCCCUCGCCAUCGGCAUGCUCAACUUUGGUGACCGCCCCGCCUUCAUCUCCGCCUUCUUGUUCACCGGCGUGGCGAUGGCGACCAUGAUUUAUGCCCUGAUAACGUACCACUGGCGAGCAAAGUCUAUACGGAUGAGGGGGCAGGCCGGGUUCGACGACAGGUUUGGCCCCACGUUUUUGGCGAUUAUUCUGCUGCUGGCGGUGGUGGUCAACUUUGUGUUGAGGAUCACGUACUCGCAUCAGGAGGGGGAGAAGCCUUGA